UACCGCACUUCCUGGAUAUUUCUCUUGAGAGUGUAUUGAUGUAACUGACCUGUCUUGACUGAAACGGUAGUGAUUUUCUCGUGUUUCUUGCCAUUUAUUAGGAUGCCGCAAACUCGCUAUUUGCAUGAACAUAGAAUAAAAUCGGCCUCCCGUUGAUUUGCUCUGUAAUUCAGCCGUUUGUGUUCAAUCUCUUUCCCAAUCUGGCAUUAUCUGUGUGGCAUGCUGCUAUCAUCAUCAGAUUCGCUGAGGGCACAGCUGGUUUGACGCCCACUGUUCCAACAUGGAGCACUCAGAUUUGAUGACGCACAAGAACGGGCGGCAGAGGAAGAUCGUGGGUACCACCUUCUUAUCCGAAAACAUCAGGGGCAUGGACAUGGGAGAGACGAGCUGCUCUGAACCCAAAGUAGAAGAGGAAGCGGAGGGUCUUAUCAAAGUGUUGUCCUCUGUGGACCGGAGGCACAGGAGAGUCCGGCCCGGGAUCCGUGACGAGUUGGGGAACGUUUUGCUCCUUCUGUUCCUAUACGUGCUGCAAGGGAUUCCUCUGGGACUGGCUGGUAGCAUCCCUCUGAUCUUACAGAGUAAGAGCAUCAGCUACAAAGACCAAGCCUUCUUCAGCUUUGUCUUCUGGCCAUUUAGUCUCAAACUUUUUUGGGCACCGCUGGUGGACGCUCUCUACUUCAGCAGUUUUGGGAGAAGAAAGUCAUGGCUGGUGCCCACACAGUACCUGCUGGGCCUCUUCAUGCUCUACCUUUCCGGGACGGUCAAUUCACUGAUGCAAAGUGAGGGAGGACCGAAGGUGGUAACACUCACUGCCGUCUUCUUUAUGCUUGCCUUCCUUGCAGCCACACAGGACAUAGCUGUGGAUGGCUGGGCCCUGACCAUGUUGUCCAGGGAGAAUGUGGGAUAUGCUUCUACAUGCAACUCUGUGGGCCAGACAGCUGGGUACUUCCUGGGGAAUGUGCUCUUUCUGGCUCUGGAGUCUGCAGACUUCUGCAACAAGUACCUCAGAGUAGAGCCCAAGGACACGGGCAUCGUCACCUUGUCGGAGUUCUUGUUUUUUUGGGGAAUUGUUUUCCUGAUUUCCACGACUCUGGUGGCCAUCAUGAAAAAAGAAAAUAAUCACGGCGAAGGAAAGCAGAGAGUCCACGAGGAAACACAGGGCGUCAUGGAGACCUACAAGCUGCUGUUCUCUAUCAUCAAGAUGCCCACAGUCUUCACCUUUUGUUCCCUGCUUCUCACUGCUAAAAUUGGAUUCUCGGCAGCAGAUGCAGUGACGGGCCUGAAGCUGGUGGAGGCUGGAGUUCCCAAGGAGCAGCUGGCACUGCUGGCAGUGCCCAUGGUGCCUCUGCAGAUCCUACUACCUGUGAUCAUCAGCAAAUACACAGCAGGGCCUAGACCGCUGGACGUCUUCUACAAGGCCUUCCCUUUCAGGUUGCUCAUAGGACUGGGUUACGCUCUGCUGGUGUGGUGGACGCCCAGUGUUAAACAUGAAGGAGGGUUCCCUGUUUACUACUACGCCAUAGUGCUGUUUAGCUACGCAUUGCAUCAGGUGGCGUUAUACAGUAUGUACGUGGCUUGCAUGGCCUUCCAUGCCAAAGUGAGCGACCCCCUCAUCGGCGGGACCUACAUGACCCUGCUGAACACAGUCACUAACCUCGGUGGGAACUGGCCCUCCACGUUGGCUCUGUGGAUGGUGGAUCCCCUGACCUCUAAGGAGUGUCAGGGGGCCGCCGGCCAGAGCUGUGGCUCUCCAGAGGAGGCGGGGCUGUGUGUUAAGGAGGGCGGCGCUUGUGUGACCACGCUGGACGGCUACUACGUGGAGUCGGUGGUGUGUGUUGUGAUUGGUUUAGCCUGGUGGGUGUGGUUGGGGAAGAAGAUGAGGCACCUGCAGGAACAGAAGCCCGCUGCAUGGAGGUGCAGAGCUAGUCGGUGAUGACACUUUCAUCAGUGCAUUUUUCUUUUUUUUCCUCUUGCACUUCCGCAUACUCUGCUCCAAAAAACAGCUGAACGGCGGACGUGUUAUUGUUCCACUUCUCGUCCGUUUAGUCCAGCUGGUCGUGCUCGAGUUGCUGCGUCAAGAAAACACUCAUACUUUCUCACCUCUGUCACCUCGAGGUACACAAAUCUGAUGAAGGACUCCAUUGUCUCUGUAGAGGUAAAUGUCCACCUCAUCGUUACUCGUGCUGUACUGUAACGGUGCCCUGAAAACUGGACCGACCGGUCAGACUAGCUGAGAAGUUUUUACAUUUUUAUUUUGAAACCAUAUUCUGCUGCUUGGAACAGCUUAACCAAACAAGAGCUGGCUCAAAGAAUAUGUUCAAAUAACUUUAUUAGUGUGUUUUUACCUGCCUUCAUUGCCAGCUGAGUUUACUUUGUGGGAAGUACACGUUCAGUUAUUCUCUGCAGUUUUUUACCUUUUGGCCCAAAUAUGAGCGAAAAAUAACUUCAAAAGUAAACUUAGCACUUCAGACUCUUGUUGACCUUCCCGGCCAGUCACCAUUGAAUCUAUAUUAACAGAUACUAAAGGUAAAAAAACAGAUGGAAGUGUUUAAACCCGGUGUGAAGAUUAUCUUUGAUUGCUGCUGGACUCAGAUCUGAACCAAUGAUUCUUUAAAUCAUUAUUUAAAUAUAUAUAUUUUCUUCCUCUUAAGUGAUUUUUGCCUUGUUUGGUGUUUCAAAGUCUGUCUUCUGGUUUGGUAGAUUACACAAAACAUACUCCAUAAUAUGACGCUGAGCACACGUUCCUCAUUAUUACCGAUAUCAUCAAUGGUCAAGUGACCAUUGAUCAUUUUCUUGGAGCAUUCUUUUCUUUUUCCAAACUUUCCUUAAAUCUGAUCGGUUGUAUUAUUUAUAGGACCAAAUCAAUUCUUUAAUGGCAUUAUUGGACAGUGUGGAUUUGAACAUUUCGGACCUCUUGGUUGUCAGUGGGGCAUUUUUAAUUAGCAAAAAAACUAAAAUUCAAAAAAUAUGUAUUUUUUUCAGGCAGGUAAGUCUCAAACAUUUAAUAGAUGCAUUGUUAUUCAAACACAUUUUAUGUAAAAGGUCAAUGUGCUGUAUACUAACUAUCAAUGCAACAAUGUAUUACAGGAGUCCUAAUUAUGACAUUUUGACAUCCAUAAAGCCAAGUUCUGCAGAGUGGGAUGUUACCACCAGCCUGAGAAGUAUGUGAUUAAAUACAUACGGUGAAGUUCUUGCCCCCAAAACCAAUUGAGAUCCGGGACCAGCAGCCUUGAAGAGACACGUGAUACGCACAUGUCCUGUUUAUGUUUUCAUAUAGUACGUAGAACUGGAUGUUACAGUAUUUUUCUCUAAAGCCAGCAUUGAAAAACGUCAAAUGUAAGCAUUGAAGCACACAAUCAGGGUUCAUGUCAGGAGAGCUUCAUUUUCAACUCAUUUGGCAUAAUUUGAUUCUGACUUUUUGAACUACAUGUAAAAGGUCAAAUAGUUUCACAUUGCUGAGGUAGCAGUUCUGUGGCCAAUGGUUCCUCUGAAAUGCACAAAACUCCCUGACGCUGCAUUCAAAUUAAAAGUCAUACUGCAUGCCUGACGUUUGACAUUUAUUGGGCCCCUCUCCUGUAUUUGUACCAGCACAUCGCUCUCAUGACACUUCUUCCUGAAAGCCUUUUCUCAUUAUCAGGGCACUGGAUUUGUUUUGAUUUUCUUUGACAAACAUAUUAGACUGUGUGACACUGUUGAUUUCAGCAACAUGUGCAUUUGUUUUUAUAUUUUAUAUCAGUUUCAGAUCAGAUACUUUAAUUUGCUAAAUUGGCUUUUGGGUGCAUUUCAGCUGCGAAAGAAGUUUUAAUUUAUCCCACAUAAUCCUUUAACUGAACUUUUAUUUAAAUUAUUUUUACUUUGCACAACUUUAGUUUAUGAGUCUAAAUUCCCAAUCGUAAAGUAAAAGGAUAGCACAGAGUGAUGGUAAAGUCAGACACUUAAAUAAGCUCGCAGCAGUGCUCUCUAAUGCUCUGCUGUGAGGAUCUUUGACGUUCACAGGAUGUAAUGUUGAGACAAACAAAUCUUAUACGUGAUUAAAAAAAAAAACAUG